GAAUACGUGCUCGCCACCCUCCAGUCUUUCCCUUUCUCGCUUUUGCGUGCACGCACCUAAACACGUCCGCCCCCCUGUCACUACUCUCGUCCCUCUCUGACCCACAGUCAGUCGCACACAUUUAUACACAUGCAUGCGGGUGGACGGCGGAUUCUGAAAUCUCCGUGAAGAUGGUGGUACCGGGGCUGUUUUUUUAACUGUGCUUAGAUAGCUCACAUAACGCUUUACAGCGGUAUCCAUUGUGCCUCUUCUGGAAAGAAAGACCGGUGAAUGGCCAGACAACGGGGAAUAGAAGAACAUCUCAAAGGGAUAGAGAGGAUCGGACGGGAAGUGCGUUUAAAUAGCGAAACCCGCAAAUCUGCCUUGAAUACAAUUGAAGUAUUUGGACAGAAGAAACAGACGUCUGCUUCUUCAUGCAAUUGAGUUAAAGUGGGGGAUCAAGGAGCCGCUUGUCUGUUCAGGGAGGACUCGGUGUCCGGGGGAUACGAGGAAGGGAGAAAGCUGGUAAUUAGCCCAUAUUCUCCACUUGCUAUUCGUCUGCGACUCAAUGGGAAGAAUAGUGGCGUGGGAAAAGUUUCCAUCAAACGAGCAAAGGAGGACGGAAAGGGGCUACAUACAACCAAGACUGGCUUCCGCCGUGGCCCUGUAUGGAUGGCAGACUGAAGUUUACUGACAAUUCAAUUGCCGGUCACUCGUGGAAUUAUGGGAGAAAUCAGUGCCAGUUAUCAGGAAAUUCAAAUAAAUGUUAUGUUGACUUGACUGUUCUUGUAUUAUCAAAACAAUAUUUACUCAACACAGACUGAGCAUGGGAUGGAUCCAAUAAAGUAGGUAUUUGCGCGUGUAGGCUUACACUUGAUCUCCAAUUAAAUUGUAGGUCUACUACAUUUUGCAGCUUUUUGCUCUGCCAACUUGUCCUCUUAAAAUUGCCCACUUCUGUCAGCGUGGAUCCCCGGGAAUUGGAGGCGCAGCUUUGGAAAUUCCGGAGAGGGACCUCAGGAAAGGACGGGGCUCCAUCCAUGGAAAUACUUACGAAUAGGCCUUUUCCCAAUCACAGCAAGAGCAUGUGGGUAAAGAAGGAUAAUGGGCAUUAGACGUCAGUGUUUGUUUUCUCUUUCUUGUUAAUGGGAAGACAUUUCCGCCUUAAAUAACCCAGCACAUGUCAAACAAUAGUUCCGUAACUGUGGCUUUUCUUGCAAUGCCUUUACAACGACGGUGCUUGGGUUCAUUUGGGGAAUAUGGGAUAAAGUUCUAUACACACUAAGUGUUCACGCGUGAAGUUUGAAAUUAUUAUUUUUCUCAUAUAUCACUGUAAAUUGGAAGCAAUUUCUGAAUGCAUUAUAUUCUACUUGCUUAAAAGCAUUACCAUGUAAUAUAGAACAUAUAAGAGAGGACAGGCAGGAGGCUACAGUUCUGUAGAGACAAAUAUAAAUGCAGACGGGAUCUAAAAUCAAUGGAGGAUUAUUUUGACAGUGCAUGUACAAAGAAUGGCUAUGCAGGCAGCCAAGUAGUGAGAGCAUGAAGGAAUUUGAUCCAGGUUUCAGUUGUCAUUAUCUGAAGAAUUUGUCCCAAUAUACCAGUAGUCUACAGUCGGCUAUUUAGUCAGGGGAGAGCCUUGGAAAUACUACUGAAAUGCUACUGAAUACUACUAAAGUAGUAUUACACAACUAGGUUUCUACAGUCAACAUAAUUAUGUUAUGUAAGAUUUUGACUUCUCCCCAAAUCUUUUUCAAUGAGUCAAAAACAGUUGUUAGUACUUGGACUGGAACAGAAUGAACUGUGCCGACACAAGUGCGUCAAAACAGAGGGGAAGGUAUAAGAAUGUGAGUAUUGACGUCAUGAGGGGCAAUAAUUAACAGAUCAAAAUUCAGUACAGGCUAACUGUCAGACUUUUUCUCUGGAGAUGUUUUCUGUUAGUGCAUAAUUUAUUUGUUCUAGUCUAGAGGGUACCACACUCAAUACAUUCAUAGCCUACAUUGCCUUGCAAAUAGCAAUUCGCUCUAUUGUUGUCGAAUUUCUGUUAGAUUAAAAAGCAACAUGGCAUCCCCCCAACAUCAGCAGCUGCUGCCUCACAACACAGAGGUGAGCUGUGACUCAAGCGGCGAGGGCAGCGUCUCCGUGAGGAUCAGCAGUAGUGUCAAACACAAGCACGGAGGAGGAGCCGGGGCGCUGGGUGGCAUGGGAGGAGGCUUCAUGGGGAGUGGGUCCAAACACUGCAAGUACAGCAUCUCCUCUAGCUGCAGCUCGGGAGAGUCCGGGGUUCUCAGGCCCGUGGUUAAGGGGCUGCGAACCCAGAGGAAGAUGCCCCAGCUGUUCGAAAGGUCUGCGGGGCACUUCUGGGACCCAAAGUUUGACUCUCCCAUCCUGGAGGAGGCAUGCAGGGAGAGGUGCUUUCCCCAGACCCAGCGGAGGUUCCGCUACGUCCUCUUCUACCUGUUCGCCGCCAGCCUCCUCUGGGGGGUGUACUUCAGUGCCAACCCCGACCGGUGUGACCGAACUGCCUUCCUCGUCCCCACCGCCUGCUUCCUCCUCUUCUGCCUCCUCCUCUUCCUUUUGACGUUCACAAGGAUCUACGUCCGCUGCUACAACCAGGCGUCACUGCUGCUCAUCGUGGUGACUUUUGCCCUCACCCUGGCACCCCAGAUCCAGACAGCCGGCUUCAGGGACCUGGAGACCCUCCCUCCUGAGGAUGUGGUGGAGGAUGUGGGGGACUUCAGUGGCAUGGAGCCCAGAAAUGUGACCUUCAACCGGGACUUACCCACGGGCAGCGCCUGCCUAUCUCCAGUAGGGACCUUCUCCCUGGGCAUGGAGGUGCUGCUGCUACUCUACAGCGUCCUCCACGUCCGACUCUAUGCCUCGGUGCUACUGGGACUUCUCUACUCUGUGCUCUUCGAGGCUCUGGGAUGGCUUCACCUCACCCAGGCUGCUGGGGAUGGUUGGAGCCAGGCCAUGGAGGGGUCUGACUGGGACACUCUACGCUGGCUGGGGCCAGCCAAAGCUUUGCUCCACCUGUGCGCCCAUGCCAUCGGCAUCCACCUUUUCAUCAUGUCUGAGGUGCGAUCGCGAAGUACCUUCCUCAAGGUGGGCCAGGCCAUCAUGCACGGCAAGGACCUGGAGGUGGAGAAGGCGCUGAAAGAACGCAUGAUCCACUCGGUGAUGCCUCGGAGGGUGGCCGACGACCUGAUGAAGCAGGGCGACGAGGAAGGCUUGGCGGGCGGGAGCUCGGCCAAGCGCUACUCCAGCAGCGGCGCGGCGGCCGUCAUCUCCAGUCCCAAGAACAACAAGAGGAAUAAGACCUCAAUCCCGAGAGGCCAGAUCAUCUUCAGACCCUUCAACAUGAAGCGCAUGGAGCCCGUCAGCAUCCUCUUUGCGGAUAUCGUAGGCUUCACCAAGAUGUCUGCCAACAAGUCGGCCCACGCCUUGGUGGGGCUCCUCAAUGACCUCUUUGGACGUUUUGACCGGCUGUGUGAGCUGACGUGCUGUGAGAAGAUAAGCACCCUCGGGGACUGCUACUACUGCGUGGCAGGCUGCCCUGAACCUCGGGCUGACCAUGCCUACUGCUGCGUAGAGAUGGGGCUGGGCAUGAUCCAAGCCAUCGAACAGUUCUGCCAGGAGAAGAGCGAGAUGGUUAACAUGAGGGUGGGCGUCCACACGGGCACUGUCCUGUGCGGUAUCCUCGGGAUGAAGCGAUUUAAGUUCGACGUGUGGUCCAACGACGUGAACCUGGCCAAUUUGAUGGAGCAACUGGGCGUGGCCGGGAAGGUGCACCUAUCAGAGGCCACCGCCAACUUUUUGGAUGACCGGUACCAGCGGGAGAACGGACGGGUCACUGAGAGGGUUGGACAGAGCGUGGUGGCGGACCAGCUGAAAGGAUUGAAGACCUACCUGAUCUCAGGGAGGAAGGUGGAGCCGUGCCACUGUAGCUGUUCCCAGCUGGGCCUGGUUGGCCUGGAGCCUGGGGGGGACACCCGCUGUCCCACACCCCGUGCCCACACCCCAGAUGGACCCCCCAGAGCCCCCUCAGCCUGUGGCCUACCCCAGAGAGGGGCUCCCGACAGGGCCAAGUCUCAUUGUCUCUCCUGCAGUGCGGCUGUAGUUCCAAAGGAGGAUCAGGUUCUGGAGAAGGGCACGGUGCAGAACGGUUGCCAUGACGAUCACACGACCAAUAGCAGCAAGGCCCCCGUAGGCUGCAGCCCUAAGGCCCUGAACGGUCUGCUGAGCCCCAGGCUGGAGGAGCCCCUGACCAACAGCCAGACGUCCCUGUGUGAGAUGCUCCAGGAGAAGGAGAAGAAGUGGGGUGGAGGGGCCAUGGGGAUGGACCACUCUGCUCUCAUCCCCCUGCGCUCCAAGAACUUCAGAGAGAGGAGCGACGCUCACUUUGUGGAUGUUAUCAAAGAGGACAGUCUGAUGAAGGACUACUUUUUCAAGCCUCCCAUCAACAAGCUGAGCCACACCUUCCUGGACAGAACCCUGGAGUCUGCCUACAGGACCAGCUACCAGGAAGAGGUGGAGACCCAGGCAGCGGUACAGACCUUUGCCAGCCCUACCUUCAGCUCUUUCCUGGACAUGGUCCUGUGUUGCUCUGUGUUCCUGGCCCUCUCCCUGGCCUGCCUCCUCCGGCCCCUGCUCUCCCUCCCUGGGGCCCCCCUGCCUGCCCCGGCCCUCGCCCUGGUUGCCGUGGCCACCCUGCUGGAGGCCCUGGCGCUGGUGCUGUCUAUACGGAUGGCCUUCUACCUGGACAGCGUGAUGAGCUGCACUAGAACCCUGCUGAGGGCCAUCUCUGGCUGGGUCCCCCGUCACCUGAUAGGGGCCGUGCUGGUGUCCCUGCCCGCUGUGUCCGUCUUCUCACACGUCACCUGUGACAUGCACCUCUCCAUACAGUUCACCAUGCUCACCUGCUGUGCAGUGAUCAUUGCCAUCAUCCAGUACUGUAACUUCUGCCAGCUGAGCUGCUGGAUGCGCUCGGCCAUGGCCACGGUGGUGGGACUGGUGCUGUUCGCCCUGCUCUUCAGCCCGCCCUGCAGUUCUGCCAACAGUAUGUUAUUUUGGUCUGGCGACGCCACCAACAACAGUAACCGCAGCAGUGUUGUACAUGGUCAGCCUGAGCCCGCCGCUGACCCCGUGCCCCGCCUCCAGGACCUGCUGGGCCCCGAGGUGGGAGUGGCCUUCUUCCUGCUCCUCCUGCUCGUCUGGUUCCUCAACCGCGAGUUCGAGGUCAGCUACCGCCUCCAUUACCACGGCAACGUGGAGGCCGACCAGCACCGCAUCAAGAUCCAGAACAUGAGGGACCAAGCCGAUUGGUUGCUUAGGAACAUCAUUCCCAUCCACGUGGCAGAGCAGCUCAAAGUGACUCAGAGUUACUCCAAAAACCAUGGUAAUGUUGGCGUGAUUUUUGCCAGUAUCGUUAACUUUAGCGAGUUCUACGAGGAGAGUUACGAGGGCGGCAAGGAGUGCUACCGUGUGCUCAACGAGCUCAUCGGUGACUUCGACGAACUGCUUCGCGAGCCGCCCUUCAACAACAUCGAGAAGAUCAAGACCAUUGGUGCCACGUACAUGGCGGCGGCUGGGCUGAACGCGCAGCAGUGCGCCGAGACGCCGCACCCUCACGGCCACCUACGGGCGCUGUUUGACUUCGCACUGGAGAUGAUGCGCGUGGUGGACGACUUCAACAAGAACAUGCUGGGCUUCAAGUUCAAGUUGCGCAUCGGUUUCAACCACGGUCCUUUGACUGCAGGGGUGAUCGGCACCACUAAGCUGCUCUACGACAUCUGGGGCGACACAGUGAACAUCGCCAGUCGCAUGGACACUACGGGUGUGGAGUGCCGCGUGCAGGUGAGCGAGGAGAGCUACUGCGCCCUCAGUGCCAUGGACUACAACUUCGACUACCGCGGCACAGUCAACGUCAAGGGCAAAGGUCAAAUGAAGACCUUUCUGUUCCCCAAGAGUGCGGACAGCGGCGCCCCCGUGCCUCAGUACCUGCUUUCCGUCUCGCCAGAGAUCCGGGUGCAGGUGGACGGGAGUAUCGGGCGCUCGCCAACGGAUGAGCUCUCUAAUAUGGUGCCUAGCUCCAUCUCUGGUGUACCCAGUACCACCAGUCCCUCGCUCAGCUCUGGGGUGUCCACGGGUCUGCUGCGGCCUGAGAGGGGGGUGGUGGAGGCUGGAGAUAGGCCAGACAGUCGGCAACAAUACUACUGUAGCCCUACUACUACAGAGACCAUCGCAGCCAGACGCUCCUCCUCAUCAUCCUACGUUGGUCUAGCCUCCCUGCCUAUCACUAGUCAAGCUGGAGCUACUUUGAAAGUCAAACAACCAAAUCAGUCCAUCACUAAUAAAGAUGAAACUCCUUCAACCAGCGUCCAACAACCAAAUCUGCCCACCACUAGUCUAGCUGGAGCUCUUUUGACAGUCCAACAACCAAAUCUGCCCACCACUAGUCUAGCUGGAGCUCUUUUGACAGUCCAACAAGCAAAUCUGCCCACCACUAGUCUAGCUGGAGCUCUUUUGACAGUCCAACAACCAAAUCUGCCCACCACUAGUCUAGCUGGAGCUCUUUUGACAGUCCAACAACCAAAUCUGCCCACCACUAGUCUAGCUGGAGCUCUUUUGACAGUCCAACAACCAAAUCUGCCCACCACUAGUCUAGCUGGAGCUCUUUUGACAGUCCAACAACCAAAUCUGCCCACCACUAGUCUAGCUGGAGCUCUUUUGACAGUCCAACAACCAAAUCCACCCAUCAAUUAUAAAGGUGAAACUCCUUCAACCAAUGUCCAACAACCAAAUCCACCCAUCAAUUAUAAAGGUGAAACUCCUUCAACCAACGUCCAACAACCAAAUCCACCCAUCAAUUAUAAAGGUGAAACUCCUUCAACCAACGUCCAACAACUAAAUCUGCCCACCACUAGUCUAGCUGGAGCUCCUACAACAAACGUCCUCCAACAACCAAAACCUGUGGCGCCUGCCUCCCUCCAGUCUCUCUCCCCUCAGAAUGCCACAGCAACUGAGUCACGGAAGGAGGUGGAAAAAGAGAAAGAGGAGCAGGACGAUGAUGACAUUAUUGGCGAGCUAACGAAACUCUAAGACUGUUAUGUCUGCGAUAGUUUUUUGCAUUAGCCUUCAGCCCUUUAAGCACGGCCUUUCUUGCAUUCCUGCCAGUUGAAGCUUAUCAUGGAACAGUCGUAUGUGACGAGAAGGCAUACAGGAGGGAGCACCUAAAUGGCAGACUGUAAGAAACCGGUUUCUGGCUCCUCUGUUGUCAAUUCUUCUCCAGGUUCGUGCUCAUUGGGACACAGCUUUGUUAAUCUUUUUUCAACUGAAUGCGAAAAUGAGCGUUUCUUAUUGAACAAGUUCAGAUACUACAUCUGUUUUCUUCCCGUUCAUGCCCACUGAACACGACCGAUGUAGCUGGUGGCCACAGUAAGAGUGAAUAAGAAGAUAGGGAAAGUACGACGGGCGCUAUUACUGAACUUAUGUUGCUAUAGAAACCCAGCCUCCUAUGAUCUACUUGAUUCUCACUAACAUCUUUAGUCUUUUUUUGUUGUUGUAUGUUUUUGGCUUUUUUUUUUCUCGCCUUUGUUUUUUUCUGUCUUGAUUAAUAAGUGCCUUUAGCACAAAAUAAUGUGUAGACCAAGCUGGUCUGGACGAGGAACGAAGAAGAAGCAUAAAGGGGAAAGAACACUGGGAAAGACUUCUACACUACCAAACUGUGAAUCUUAUGUACAUUUUAAGGCAAAAGCUUGGUUUCUGUCAAUUUGUUAUAGUUGUCUUUGGUCUGUGUAGCUAAGAAAUUGCUUGUAUUACUGUAGUUAAGGAGUUUACAAGAAUUGGAGCAAUAAGAAAUGCCACAGUGAAGAGUGGAUGAUGGGUUACAAAGGGAAGCAAGAUGGAGUCGUCUUUUCACAGUGAAUCACUUUAAAUUGUCUAAGAAAAGCACAGGCCUCGCACAACGCUCUCAGACAAACCCACAACAAUAUCUAGAACAUCAGUCGGAAGGCUUGACUGUGUGCUUGUGUCUGUGCGCUACACUACAGUAAUAACUGCCAUCCACGGCCUCAUGCGGAGAGGUGGCUGUAAGUUGUCAUUCUGCAACUGAUGAAACCGUGGGAAGAAGGUGGGGAGUGUGAUUAAGACAUAAUGAAAUCCCGCUUGCUGAUGUGGUAUCUUUUCUCCUGGCCCUGGUUAAAAGUAAGGACCUCUGUCUUACUAGCCUCAAGCCGUCAACUAGACCUUGGUAAUAGUAAUUAGGGCUGAAUCCUAACUCCCACUUAAGUCUGUUUUAAGUCAAAGUCUCCAAUUGACAUCAAUGCAUGACUAAGUGAAAAUGUUUAAGUUAGGACUUGACCCUAACUCUUUAACAUAUCACUAAUUAGCUUCAGCUGCACAUUAGUCUAUAAAGUCUAUACAAGUCUAUAAAGCUAACUUUUAGCACCACAGGUUGGUUCAUGUGCCAUAACCUCUUCCUAGUAUUUUACAGGAAUGCAAUCUGUUGUUAGGCUACCGUUGUUGAGGUUUGAAGUGCACCCCUCUAGGUAGGCUUCCUAAUAGGUAGUUUAUAUUGAACGUGCUGGUCUGCUUACAAUACAGUUAACAAUCUGCUAAAAUUGUUACAUGUGCGUCAUGUACAUAUCAUGUGGAAUAGGCAAGAGCACAAACAGAUCUGGGACCAGGCUAAUCUUGAGUAGUCUCUUGUGGCAGACCUGAGUUAAGAUGUUGAGUGAUCCAGUUUAACAGAAUGGUAGAUUGGUAUAUUGACCUUCAAAUAGGACUUGAUUUGCUAUCGCCACCCCCCCCCCCCCCGCCCCCCGUUACUCUACCGUCCGGCUAUUUAGAAAUACAUGCAAGGGGGAAUGCACCUGAUUCCUCUUGUUACAGCAUUCCUGCCAAAUUAGAUCCUGGAUAAUAAGGGACGUUUCUAACAUGUGUCAUGUAAACAACAUAUACAAAUAAACAUGUCAAGUGUGCAUGUUCAGUGCUACAUAUUUUCCUAUUUGUUUUGUGUGUUUGUUUUGUUGAAGUUGAGAUCUUGUUGUUUUCUUUUUAUAUAUAUACAUGUACUGUAUGCAUUGUUUUAUCAGAACCUUUCUUGAGAUAAUUGAGUAUGGUGAACUGUACAGUGCAUAUCCUCCAACUGCAAGUCUAAUCAUCCCUGUCACUUUCUCUCUGUUUUAGUGAAAGGGCUUGGGUGCUCGGGGGAAAUAACAAAACAAGUAAUGGUACUGCUAGGCUUCCAUCCAAUUGGCGACCGAUUUUCAUGCAAAUAUUCUAAAAUCUACAUGAAGAAAAUAUGCGUAUUUUUCCACCAGUGGUGUGUUUCCACCAGGGGUGUGUUUCCACCAGGGGUGUGUUUCCACCAGUGGUGUGUUUCCACCAGGGGUGUGUUUCCACCAGGGGUGUGUUUCCACCAGGGGUGUGUUUCCACCAGGGGUGUGUUUCCACCAGGGGUGUGUUCCCACCAGGGGUGUGUUUCCACCAGGGGUGUGUUUCCACCAGGGGUGUGUUUCCACCAGGGGUGUGUUUCCACCAAACGGACUUGUUGAGGAUAAAAAUCAGUGCAUGAUGACGAAGUGCACACAAAAUAUACUUUUUCACUUAAGUUUUCACGUACCAAAUAAAAAUCUAAAGUUCAGUGUGUUUCCAUUGCAUUUUCAACUCUACCAAUAGUUUUGUUAUAAAAAAAAAACUGUUGAGUAAAAUAGCAAAUUUGCCUAAUCUGGUCUUGGUACAUGCGCUCUAACCAACAGCUCACAGAUACAGUGCGGAUAGGCUCGUCUACAUAAUGAGAUUAUUAUGGAUAAUAGCGAGAAAAUUUGUAUUUUUUAAAUGGCAAUCAAGUGUCGAUCAACAUGUCACCAGAAUCAGACCCUGGAGAUUUAUUGGAAAGGAGCAUCACGAUCACUGUGCACUUUCAUCACCCUGUGAAGUUCUUCAUAAGUUAGGCCUAUUUCAUCUGUAGCCUAAAAAACUGCUUAUCAUCGCGUGACUCAAGGUUUACUUCGAUAUGAUUAUUAUAUGAAUAUUUACCUUUAAAGGCGUUUCCAUUGCCAUUUCUCGCAUAAUUAAUUUAAAAAAUGACACACGAAAGAUCCCACCCCGUUGAACAAAGAAAUGAUCUUUUGGCAUUUAUAAAAUUGUACCUAAACUUCCUGUUUCCAUCACAGAUGUCGUGAUUUUUAAAAGAAUUCACGGUAUGACCUUACUCACAUAAAAACUGGGGAUGGAAACGUCUUAUAUUAUUUGUGACCUCAGACAUAUUUUGAAACCUCAAAGGUACAAUAUCAAAGCGUUCUGAAUUAGGAGUAGAACCUGGGAAGUAAAUGUUCAUAGUAAAAGACUCCAAAGCAACAUGUUUUAGUUUAGUAAAGAUGGAGAUACUCAGGAUAUCCCAGAAAUCAUUUGGGUUUUAAGGGCAUCUUUCAACUUUCAGCACGUAAGUUUCUCUUUUGUAGUGCCAUAAUUGUUUUUACUACAGGUUCCUUGUGUGUACUGCAAGAGUUUGCUAGUAGUGCCUUUUCAGUCAUAGGAAAAUCCUCUCUAAAUCAACUCUGAUAUCAUUUAAUUAAGAUUGCCACGUUUUGUUUCUCAAACCUCCUUGAAUACACUUUUUUUUGUUGCUUUUUUACAUGUGUACAUAUUUUUCUCAUCCAAGUUCUUUAAAAUGUUUAUAUGAAUUUGACAUGUGCCUUUUCUACUUCAUAACCUGCUGAGCAAUUGUUUCCAACAUUUAGUAUCACUGAUAUGAGUAUGAAACUCAAUAUUGCAGUUCAUUGUCACUUUUUGGUACACAGCCGCCACUUAUUUGUUCUGAUGUGGAUUUAAAAACAGGGAAUAACAAAAAUGUAGUUUUGCUUUGUUUGACUGGAUAUUGUUGUACUGUGUAGAAUUGCUUGAAUGGGGUUAGGCCCAUUUUAAGUGCAUUAAUCUACAAACGGGAUUGUUUUCAAAUUGUCAAAUGUAUUCUUGCCAGUUAUGAGCGUGCAACCCUUGUAACCUAACCAAAUUGCACUGAUUACAAUAAAGGGACAUAUUGGAAACAA